ACCGUCUGAAGUGGAAGCACCUACUAUCUUUACUACCCACCCACCACGCAACGCGCAAUAAUAAAUACACACACACACACACAGUCUGAGACUGUCAUUUCAUUUUCGCGUGCAAUUAACUCCUUUAAACCGCAUUUGCCUAAAGUUUGCUUCUACCUCACUCACGCUCACGCAUUCUCUCUCUCUCUCUCUUUCUCACUGAGUUCCUUUGAAAGUUACAUUAACAAAACCACUUCCUUUAUUAUUACUAUUAGUAUUAGCUCUCCCACUCCCACCACCACCUAAUCCCAAAUCUAAUCCUUAUUUUAAUCUUGCUUACAUAUAUAUAUAUAUAUAAAAUGUAAUUGAGUCUGGAAUUGAUGAUAGGGUUGGAAAUUUGUACUGAAACAGUCAUGGAAGUGGAGCAAUCGAGGGCGGUCAAUCCAGCCAUGACCUUCGACGAGGUCUCCAUGGAGCGCAGCAAAAACUUCGUCAAAGCUUUGCAGGAACUUAAGAACUUAAGACCUCAACUAUAUUCUGCUGCAGAAUAUUGUGAGAAGUCCUAUCUUCACAGUGAGCAGAAACAAAUGGUACUGGAUAACCUGAAAGAUUAUGCCGUUCGAGCCCUGGUCAAUGCUGUUGAUCACCUUGGCACUGUCGCUUACAAGUUAACAGACCUACUUGAGCAGCAAACAUUAGAAGUCUCAACCAUGGAGCUGAAUGUGUCUUGCCUAAAUCAGAAACUUCUAAUGUGUCAAACGUACACGGAGAAAGAAGGAAUCAGACAGCAGCAGUUGUUGGCAUUCAUCCCGAGACAUCAUAAGCACUACAUUUUACCAAAUUCUGUCAAUAAGAAGGUACAUUUCAGUCCACAGAUUCAGACUGAUGCUAGGCAAAAUCAUUUUCAGGCUAGAGCUCGUCUUUACCCUUCAGGUACUUCUGCAUCAAAAACUCUUUCCUGGCAUUUAGCCUCAGAAACGAAGUCUACCAUGAAGGGGACCCCGCAAUCUUUGAGCAGCACUGAAGACCUAAAGAUUUCUGGAAAUACUUCUGGGGUUUUCCAUCUUGUAGAUAAUGAAGAGACUAUCAAGACAAAAUCCUCAGCAGCUCAUCUUCAGUUACCAAGUGGAGGUCCUGGUUCUAGUGCAGUUAUGCAAACAUUGAGUGCCACACGAAGGGAUGCAACCGAUAGUUCCAAAGCUUUAACAUCAUACAGGUCAUUUGAAAACCAAAAUCGACGUGAGAUUGUACGUGUCCCUGUUCGCAGCAAAAGCGUACUAUCAGCUUUCUUUGUCAAACAAAAAACACCGAAGCUGAAGGCUGGCUCUGACCCGUGAAUCUUCCAAACAAAUCAAAGAUGCAGCCCUGCAAACCACCCUCCAUUUUGUGGGCAGAAUUGCCAGGAAAUGUUUUGCAUUGCCUGAUAAUGAGCUGUUUUCUUGGCCAUUAGUUCGUCAUUUCCCUGAAAUCAUAUUUUACUUUUGUUGCUAAUAAUGAGCUAAUUGUGUCUAAUUGCCUGCUAAUGAAGAUGGGUCAGGAUCUGCUUACUUGAGUAUUAACCCUGAUUGAUGAUUUCAUAAAUUUCUGUGCAGAAUAUGUAAGUUCUAAGCAACUGGCUGCAAUUUAUCACCGUUCAUACACUUGUACAUGUAAGAUGGUUGUAAAGUUACUGUAAAAACCUUUUUAUGUCAAUAAGGCUGGAUGA